AGAUGGCGGCCUCCUUGCGGCUCGGCUGCGGCCGCCGGGCACUGCGUUCCCUCCUGGGCUUCGCGAGUGGCCGGAGGUCCGAGGCGGUCGUGACCUCGCUAGGCCGAGGCGUGGGCUGCCGGGGGCUGCAUGGCACGGCGUGGCUGUGGGUUGAUCCUAUUAAAAUUUUGAUGCCUUCCUUGUCUCCUACUAUGGAAGAAGGAAACAUUGUGAAAUGGUUGAAAAAGGAAGGUGAAACAGUGAGUGCUGGAGAUGCCUUAUGUGAAAUCGAAACAGACAAGGCUGUGGUCACAUUGGAUUCAGGGGACGAUGGCAUUUUGGCUAAAAUAGUGGUUGAAGAAGGAAGUAAAGGUAUUCGGUUAGGCUCACUAAUUGGGUUGAUGGUGGAAGAAGGAGCAGAUUGGAAGCAGGUUGAAAUUCCCAAAGAUGUGAGUCCUCAGCCACCCCCAGCUUCACCUGUGUCUGCACCUCCUGUAGCUGAACCCGCGGUUCCUGCGUCUGCUAGAAAGGCCCACCCAGCUGAGAAACUGCUGUUCCGACUAAGUCCUGCUGCUCGUAACAUUUUGGAGACGUAUGACCUUGAUGCCAGCCAGGGUACUCCUACAGGACCUCGGGGCAUAUUUACUAAAGAAGAUGCCCUCAAACUUGUGCAGCUAAAAAAAGCAGGCAAACAUGCUGAAUCAAGACCUUCUCCAGCACCUCCUACUACAACUGCAGUGCCUUUGCCUCCACAAGCAGCUACUGGGCCAUCGUCUUAUCCAAGGCCAAUGAUUCCACCAGUUUCUACUCCAGGGCAGCCUAAUGCAGUGGGUACCUUCACUGAAAUCCCUGCCAGCAAUGUUAGAAGAGUAAUUGCCAAGAGGCUAACUGAAUCUAAGACGACGGUGCCUCAUGCCUAUGCUACUGCUGACUGUGACCUUGGAGCUGUCCUAAAAGUAAGACAGAAUCUCGUCAAAGAUGAUAUUAAAGUAUCAGUAAAUGAUUUUAUUAUCAAGGCGAUAGCUGUAACCCUUAAGCAAAUGCCAAAUGUGAAUGUGAGCUGGGAUGGAGAGGGCCCCAAGCAGCUGUCCUCCAUUGAUAUCUCUGUUGCAGUGGCAACAGACAGAGGUCUCAUUACCCCCAUCAUAAAAGAUGCUGCUGGCAAAGGAAUACAGGAAAUCGCUCUGUCCGUAAAGGCUCUGGCAAAGAAAGCAAGAGAUGGAAAAUUAUUACCAGAAGAAUAUCAAGGAGGGUCUUUUAGUGUUUCUAACUUGGGGAUGUUUGGUAUCGACGAGUUUCGCGCUGUGAUCAAUCCUCCUCAGUCCUGCAUUUUGGCCGUGGGUCGGUCUCGCCCUCAGCUCAAACUCUCUGAAGAUGAAGAAGGAAACACCACACUGCAGCAGCGCGAGCUCAUGACUGUCUCCAUGUCCAGUGAUAGCCGAGUAGUGGACGAUGAGCUGGCUACCAAGUUCCUUGAAUGUUUUAAAGCAAACCUAGAGAAUCCUGCUCGACUCUACUAGUCUCAAAACGACCAACUAACUGUGCAGGCUGUUACUAAAAAGAAAGGUUACAAUCUAUAGGAAAGUAGUUUGAAUGUUUAGUAUGAAAUGGACAAAGUAUUUCAUUUAUUUGGGCUGAUAGAACCUGGACCGAUCAUCUUCAUUUCUGUUUUCAAGAUAACCUAUUUUAAAGACUAAUCAAAGGAAGAACACAUCUAGUUAUUUGGCUUCUUUUAAAACUACUUUGGUGCUGCACAAAAGGGUUCUACUUAACUAGAUGUAACUGAAAUUCUGUAUUUAGAAGAGCAUCAGGAGCGUGUCGGAGAGCCUGAAUUAAAAGAAAACCAUAGACAACAAGGCCAGCUUUCUCAUGGUGAAAGCAGAGCUGGUUUUGAUUGAAAAGCCCAGCGAUUUGACAGCUCAGUUUCAGUUUUACAAGGGCUGCUCUGACAAUAUUCCUAAAUGAUUUAACACAGAGAUGAAGCAUUCCUGCUAAGGACAGAUCUCUAGGUAAUUGGGAUUACAUUUCUUGAUGGGUUGUGGCAACAUUGUCGAGUUGUCCCUGUAUAUAAAGCCAUACCUUUCCCAAGGUGAUUUCUACCAAUCCUGUUGUUCUGUUCUUGACAUUGAUACACUGUGAGCUUCUAGAGAAGGGGAAAAAAAGAUACAUUUCUGCUAAACAAAGACCAAAAGGGAGAACCGGAGCCAGAACACCUUUACCUUCUGGUAGAAACUCAGAAAACAGUGAAUGAGUUUUAAAAUAUGCUUACUCUGAUGCUGAGUCGCCAUAUGUUAAAAAAUAAAUGAUAAUCUCCCACUAAAA